GAAAGUGCUCCCGAGCUGAAGUGACAUUAUUCCACUAUUCAGCUCAGGCUGGCUGGCUGCUGCACCGGCACCAUGGAGCAGAAGACACCUAAGGACGAGGGCACCGCCAAAGGACAAGAGUCUCUGUCCUACCAGCGGAGGAUGUGGAAGAAUUUCCAGGAGAAAACCAAGCCGUGGCUGAGUCCUAAAUUGGGAUCGGAGCGCCGCGGUGCCAGAGGCGCGGAGGGCAGCAAAAAGGAAUCGGGGUUAUGGAUGUUUAAGAGGAAAAAGAAACCGUUGGACCGGGUUUUUUCGUCGUCUCAGCCGAAUCUGUGCUGCUCUCCGCCGGCGCCUUUCGAAGGGGACAAGACGUCCCAUAGGAGCGACGCGGUCCCCGGCACCAGCGGCGAGGGACACCCUCCACACCCCCUGGGCGCAGCUUCUGGAGCCACCGGGAGCAAACCCGAGUUGACGGCGCACGGGAGCCCGAAACUCCUCGUGUCCCAGCUGGUGAUGUACCAGCAGAAGAGCUCCUCUCUGGGCUCGGCGUGCUUCGAGAAGCUGGUGGUGGACCCGGCCGCUCUGGUGGGAGAGGAGGAGGAGCAGCUGCGUAAAAACGCAAGUGAUUCCGUGAGUAGUAAACACACGCAUCUCGGAGAUUAUCGGUUUCUAGGAAGCAUAUCUCUCGCAAACAUUCAUAAGGAGGCGGGCUACAUUGCCCUGCAAAUGAAAUAA